AUGACUCCCCCGGCACCCUCCAUCACCGAACUCAUGAACAUGGUCAAGGCCAGCAUCAGAAGCUACCGUGCAAAACAACAAGCUGCCGGCGGUUCCGUCCCUGACAGGGUAUCGCCCCUGUCUCUGAUCAAGAUGGCCACCGCCACCGAAGAAGACAUCGAGUACACCGCGCGCACGGCAGACCAGGAAGUCGACACCGUCGCCAUCUGCCCGACCCACCCGGACUACAUGGUCGUCGGCACGUAUUCACUCCUCAAGAAGGACGAGCCGGGCGACUACACGGGGCAGACGCGCCGUGGCUCUCUGCAGGUCAUGACGGUUGUGUCGAGGUUCAGGCCGCGAUACGCCGGCAUGCUCCCCCCCUCGCUGGACCGGGUGGAUUUCCCCUGCGCCGUGCUGGACAUGCAUUUCCACCCGGCGGACAGCACGCUGCUGGGGGUCGCCACGAGCAAUGCCGCCGUGCACUUCUUCCGCUUCAUUGCCCACGGCGACGUGCUCGGCCGGCGGGUGAUCACGAAACUCCUCCCGCUGGGAUUUGUCGUCGUGGCACAGAACGACGAGCAUGGUCUGGUCCCUCUGGUCACGCAGUUCACCUGGUUCCCGGAGACGCGCACGCACGGGGUCGUCGGGAUCAGCGAUGUGAUUGACGUGGGGUUCGCGGCGACCACGAGCUUCGGCGACACGAAAGUGGUCAAAGUCUCGGUGCCGGCGAUCAAGGAUCUCUUCGACCAGAGAGCUGAUCAGUCUCUGCUUCGGCAGUUGACGCCCAGCUUGAACGAAGUCGUCCACAAACAUGAAUUGGAAGCUUGGACCGUCGCAGUCGUUGACUUUGGCGCCGCAUCUUUGUCAGCAGGAGCAGCAGAUGAAACCUGGAGCAGCAGCAGCAGCAGCAGCAGCAACGCUCGAGUAAUCCUUAGUGGCGGCGACGACAGUGCCUUGAUCGCCUCUUCAAUCUCUCAAACCUGCACCGCCACCCAUCCUGCUGGGCUGACUUCAACAUCCCUAUCCUCGGACGACACGACGCCCUUUAACGCGAUGCCCCUCUGGAAAGACCGCCGCAGCCAUACCGCCGGAGUGGUGGCCAUACUUCCUCUGUCCCCCGUCAGGCUUCGGGCCGGCUAUGACGCCGAUACCAGGAAAGACAUCGUCCCCGUCGUCACGGGCAGCUACGACGAGUUCAUCCGCGUGUUUGAGAUCGACACCAAGACCUACCGCGCCAGCUUCAAGACCGAACUGCGGCUCGACGGCGGCGUGUGGCGCCUGAAAGUGCUGGACCAGUACUACUCGACAACCAGGAGGAGUGAGGCCGGUCAGGAUCAGGGCCAGGGUCAAGGUCACGCAUACUCUCACCACCACACGCUCAUCCUCGCGUCGCUGAUGCACGCCGGCGCCGCAAUCGUCCGCGUCACACGUGCUGCCUCUGCCGCCGCCGCCGCCACCAUGUCCGGCUCAUCUUCCCCAGCAGCAGCAGGAGGAGGAGGAGGAGGAGACACAUGGACGAUCACGCCCGUCACCUUCUUCCGCGGGAGUCAUGAGAGUAUGGUCUACUGCUGCGACGCACGGCUUGACAGUCACGGCGGCGGCGGCAGCAGCAGCGGCGGCGGCCAAUAUCAACAGGUUCGGAAACAGGCUCGAGGGGGCAGAGACGAAGAAGAUGGAGAUGAAGAAGACGCAGACGCGCGAGACGGCGGCUCGUCAGCACAGGACGCACAGAAAGCACCACCUGUGUACACGGUUGUCAGUACCAGCUUCUAUGACAUGAAGAUAUGUACGUGGAAAUUUGUGGAUGAGUUCAAGGUCCAGAACCAGUGA